UAAAGGUAUAAAGUUAACAGAAGAUUAACAGUGUGGCACUUAACAUUUGUCUAAUUUUAUAUUUGCUUUCAACUCGUAUAGACUCUUCUCCAUGGUCACAGACUCCAGUUUGUUUCUUUCUUUUAUUAUUCAAAAGUAUAAAAUCCAUCUGACCCCUUGCUGCUCUUUCAACAGCCGAAUGCUCACCAGCUCUUCAAACUUCUUUCAAUGGGACACCGCAAUUGAAUGAAGAAAGGCAAAAAUGAAAGCUGUGUUUAUGUGCAUGGAAUUGUCACCUUAUCAUAUUGGCUGAUCCGAGAAAGACACAAAUUAAGGACUAAACGGAAAGGAAUGAAGUCUUGUCGGUGUGCCUGGAGACGUGAAGGAGAGACAGAGAGAAAACGCUGCCCUUUACUGUUAGGCCUAGAUGGGUGUAAAAAAGGAGGAAUGUGAGGCCAGCAUGAAUAUUAUGGACAAAAGGACACCAAAUGUUAAGGAGGAGGAGUGUGAACGGGAGUGUGUCCAACCUAAACAGGCAAGUCUGGACAUUAAGGAUGAGGAAUGUGAACUGGGGUCAGUGGGCAUUAAAGAAGAGGCUGAAGAGGAGUCUGUCAACAUUAAGGUACACAAAUCCAAAAGAACUGAGAGUGUCAAGGAAGAACAACAAGGUGGAGCAGUGACUGAGUUAGUCUGUUCUCAAUUCAGACACUGUCCAUCACCAGAGUCUCUUAUCAAUGUGAAGUCUGAAUCAUUAGAGUCUGACACAAAAAGGACUGAAGAAGUUUCAACUGUUAGAACUCCGGAAGAUCAGCCAUCAACUUCAGGGAAAUCCACAAAAGGAGACCAACAUAUGUGCUGUUCUGAAUGUGGCAAACAGUUCAAGUCCAGGGGAUAUCUUCGGAUCCAUCAAAGAAUUCACACAGGAAUAAAGCCUUAUUGCUGUUCUGCAUGUGGCAAGACGUUUUUACAAAAGGGUACUCUUCAUAGACACCAAAGAGUUCACACAGGAGAGAAGCCUUAUAGCUGUUCUGAAUGUGGCAAUCGCUUUUCACAAAAGCGCGGUCUUCUGAGACACCAAACAAUUCACACAGCAGAGAAUCCUUAUUGCUGUUCUGAAUGUGGUGAGAGGUUUUUGAAAAAUACUGAUCUUCAGAUCCAUCAAGUCAUUCACACGGGAGGGAAGACUUAUUGCUGUUCUGAAUGUGGCAAGCACUUUCUAAAAAAGAGUUUACUUCAUAGACACCAAAAAAUUCACACAGGAGAGAAACCUUAUUGCUGUUCUGAAUGUGGCAAUCGCUUUUCAGUAAAGCGCAGUCUUGUGAGACACCAAACAAUUCACACAGUGGAGAAUCCUUAUUGCUGUUCUCAAUGUGGCGAGAAGUUUUUGAAAAAGAGCGAUCUUCAGAUCCACCAACGAACUCACACGGGAGAAAAGCCUUAUUGCUGUUCUGAUUGUGGUAAGCAGUUUUCCAGAAAGAUCCAUCUUCAAGUCCACCAAAUAAUUCACACGGGAGAGAAACCUUAUUGGUGUUCUGAAUGUGGCAAGCAGUUUUGGCAGAAGAGCAGUCUACAGAGACACCAAAGAUUUCACACAGGAGAGAAACCUUAUUGCUGUUCUGAAUGUGGCAAUCGCUUUAAAGAAAAGGACAGUCUUCUGAACCACCAAACAAUUCACACAGGGGAGAGACCUUAUUGCUGCUCUCAGUGUGAUAAGCAGUUUUCCCUUCAGAAGAAUCUUCAUAGACACCAAGGAAUUCACACAGGAGAGAAACCUUAUUGCUGUUCUGAUUGUGGCAAGAAAUUUUUGCAAAAAGCGGCUCUUCAGACCCACAAAACAAUUCACACAGGAGAAAAGCCUUAUUGUUGUUCUGAAUGUAGUAAGUGCUUUUCGCUCAAAACCAGUCUUCGGAUUCACCAAAGAAUUCACACUGGAGAGAAGCCUUAUCGUUGCCCUGAAUGUGGGAAGUGCUUUUCACAAGGGAGCAUUCUUUCGACCCAUCGAAAAAUGCAUAAUUGAGAGAAGCCAUAUUGUGUUUCUGAAUGUGCCAACUGUUUAUCACAAAGGAGUCAACAUCAGCGCCACAAGAGAAUUAACAGUGGCAUCACCACACAAGCGUACCGUGAGUAAGAAAAUAGCAGAACCUGACACAGUCCAGUGUGUAUGUGAAGAUAAAGACGAGACCAAGUACUGCUAGUUCUACACAACUGGACAUGAGCUCUCAACUGAAGUGCAUCCUGGGACUGCUUGUGCAAAACUACAGUGCAGAAAUGUAAUUUUGAUUUCCAAAUUAGAUAACUGAUGCUAAUUUAGGAUACCUACCUGGAAUACUUAAAAAAAGUAAAGAAAUUAGUGUGGAGAAAUUAGAAUGCCUCCAAAGAACAGCAAAAGAAGAAAUAAUAGAGGAAAGGAUGCUAGCAUAUAUCAGAUGGAUGCAUCAGCAGAGAAUUGCACAUAAAAAUAUUUACACAUUGGAAAAUCUGAAAUGAACAUCCACAUAUGAACAGAGACAACCAGAGAAAUAUUUGCCAGAAGUGGAAUGUCCUGAGAAGUAAGCGAUUCUCAAACAGUGCAGUGCUAACAGUAAAGCGAGGAAGAGGAGUUGAGAAGGGAUGACAGCUGAUUGAAGGUGAGAACAAAGCUUUACACUUAAAAGAAGUUGAAAGAAAACCACAAGUGAAGAUCACCCCAAUGGAUAAAGAAGACGGGCAGUGAGUAUUAAAAAAAAUCAACAGGAAAAACAGCAUGCAGUUACACAGACAGACAAAAGUAAAUCAGUAUAAGAGAACACUGCACAAGAAGAAAUGACGCAGUCGCGAGAGGACAAAGUCAUUCAGGAACUUAAAGAAGGACUUACUGAUUUCCGUACACCUAUCUGUUAAGAAGAGAAAAGUGAAGAAGAAUAGCAAAUGAUCGUAACCGGAUGGAGGUGGAAAUCAGCAAAGGUCUCUCAAUUUGAUAUUCCAAGGAUGUUUUUUUUUCUGCAGAUUUAAACAUGUAUUGUGAUUUUUUUUAAGUAUUGUGAU